AAAAAAAUAAAAACUUCUCGCGAACUGCCCUUUUUCUUAACUACAAAGACAAGCAAAUACUGUGAAAGGUGUAACUAUGCCGGACGGGUCGCUGGAACGUCGGGCGUUCCUCUCUCCUGCGUCUCCACUCUCAGAGGACACACGCCCCGCCGCGGACGUCCAGACACGCCCCCGCAAGUCUUCUAACGUAUCCCGCAGGUCACCUCUUCAUUUGCUCGCAGCUGUCCUCGUCAUCUUGGGCCUCGCACUCGUUCUCUCGCUGCUUUACGCGACCGGCAGCUCUUCCAAGUCGCUACGUGAUGACCAGAAAGACUUGGAGAUCCGAGAUGCAUACAAUAUUCCACGUCGCCUGGCUCGGUUCGACGUAAACCAGACGAUUUUGAACAAUUUAGACACCGUGAGCGUCUCCUUCGAGUACAAACCGCCGCAGCCCGAGUUUUACGGUCGCGACAGAAUCGCUGCCUACUGCGUGAGCUCGACCGAUGAAGAGACUAAUCGCACACUUGAUGUGCACGAGUUUAUGAGCACAGUACCUACCAAUGGCGAAGGGUCCGGAGUGAUGGAGAUCGGGCCUUUAGUGAAUAUGAGAUGCUCGUGGCAACUGCGGUUCAUCACGAACGAUGAUCAGGUGCUGGGGGAGAGUCAAUUGCUAAGGUUUAAACACGGAUCGACGCAGCCGUUGCAGGUGCAUUUGGCCUUAACGCAGAAUGCGGACGAGAUGAGGGUCAAAUGGGUCAGUGACAAUGUCUCCAACCCCGUGGUGACGUUCGGAGAGCAUAAGAGCAAGUUGGACCGGGUUGUACGGGCCACACAGAGCAGCUAUAAGGCCGAGGAUAUGUGCAAUGCACUGGCAACAGUGAAGUUCCCAAGACAUUUCAGGGACCCUGGACAGAUUUUUGAUGCUGUUAUGACGAAACUGGAAGCCGGGAAAAGAUACUUUUAUCAGGUUGGAGAUGAGAACGGGGAGCUAAGUGAUAUUCUCGAGUUCCAGAUGCCGCCACCUUCGGGGAGUAAUAAUAUUCAGACAGACGAACAGGGAUCAAGUAUGAGUUUCUUUGUAUAUGGCGACUUGAACUCUCCUGUUGGGGCGACGCGUAACUUUGCAGAAGAUAACGGCAAGUGCGGCACUACGAUGCAACUGAUUCGCGAGGACAUGGAGCGAGCUGCUGCAGAUCCAAGUAAACACAGAUAUGUCGCUGUCAUGCAUGUUGGAGACUUGGCCUAUGCGAUGGGGGCUACCUAUAUCUGGGACCAAUUCGGCCAUCUCAUUGAGUAUGUGGCUGCACGGCUACCCUACAUGAUCAGCAUUGGCAACCACGACUAUGGAUACCUGGAAGGAGUAAAGAAAGAUCACAUCAAGUGGCCUUCACAUCCGACGUUUGAAAAGGAGGGAACUCAUGGCUACGACUCGUAUGGUGAAUGUGGUGUACCUUCUGCUACACGUUUUCACAUGCCAGAUAACGGUAAUGGUGUCUACUGGUACAGUUUCGACACGGGGCUUGCACACCACGCGGUGGUGAGCAGUGAGCACGAGUUUGCACGGGGUUCUCCACUUUACAAUUGGCUGGUGAAUGAUCUCAAGUCGGUCGAUCGCUCGAAGACGCCGUGGGUCUUCCUAUAUAUCCACCGACCUCUGUACUGUUCCGUCGCCUACUCUGGUGACUACUACCGGUCUUUGUUAUUCCGUGAUGAACUCGAGCAGGAGCUGGCUGACUACCACGUCGAUAUAGUGUUCGCGGGUCAUUAUCACUCGUAUGAACGAACGUGUCCCGUGUUUGGAGAUCGCUGUAUUGAGUCACCAAGUGGCAAGGCGAUGGCUCCAGUGCAUCUCAUGGUUGGCUCGGGUGGAUACCAAGUGGACGAUGCCGGUUUUUACCGGUCACGAUGGCGCGAGCAGGGCUUCCUGGAUCAUGGCUACGGCCGUGUGCACAUUUACAACUCGACACAUCUGCACUUUGAGUUCGUGUCUAAUGCAGAGCGUCGCGUUAAGGACGAGGCGUGGAUUGUGUCGACACACGACUGGCCUAGUAAGCGCGAGCGGUAUCCUCCUGGAUAUUUCCCACCACAGGAGAUUGCAGGCUUUGGAGCUGCUGUGAUGUUGGCCUCGCUAGCGACUUAUGCUGUGCUAGUCCCUGCAAUACGCAGAGCUCGAAACACCAAGUAUACGCCUGUACAACCGAUUCAAUUUUCCAAAUAGAGCAGAAAGGUUUGUAUGAAUUUCAUCAACUCGUUAUGAUUCGGCAUUUGUCCAACAGUAUCUUAAGCAAAACGUGCAAGCCGAAUCUACCGUCGUUAAAAUGGCAACAGCUGCGGUCGCUAUGGUUGUGUGCUCGCCGACUAUGACCGUGAACUACGAUACAGGUGCCAAAAUUUGAUACUGGUGCCCAAAUUUGCGUGUCGGAGUGUGCACUGCAUGUUUCAGCUAACCCGAAAACAAUUUUCUCGAGUAAACUUCGCUGAGUUGAACUUUUCAGAACUAUCGGACUUUCAUCCAUGC